UUUCUUCUUCUUUGCCUGUUGUGCAGACGCGGCGAGUAGGUGGCUUUCUGAUAAAUCGCACCUGAUAACAUUCACCAGAUGUUUGUUUAAGUGUCGCGCACCGUAAAGUGUGUCUCCAAAGUGUCUCCGUGGCUACACGCAACAAAGUAUGGAGCUGGGGAAUUGGCCACGUGUGAGAAUGCAGGUGUUUUCCACUGUUGUCUGCAUCCUGCUCACUACGUCCGGUGUCCGUGCAUACGAUGCCAUCUACGCGGUGAAUGCUGGUGGAGAGAGUCACGUCGACAGGCAUGGGAUCACGUAUGAGCGAGAUCCGCUAAUGGGGAAAGUGGGAACUGCCUCGGAUUACGGGAAAAACAUCCAUUUGAUCGCCCGGGUGCCGGAUGCCGAUAAGAUCCUGUACCAGACUGAACGCUACCACACGGCUAAUUUUGGGUACGACAUCCCAUUGGCCGGCGAUGGAGACUACGUGCUGAUCCUCAAAUUCAGCGAAGUCUACUUCAAUGCCCCAAAUAUGAAGGUCUUCGAUGUUACGCUGAAUGGUGAGCACAAUGUUGUGAAUGAUUUGGACAUCUUCAAUCUGGUGGGACGGGGAACAGCCCACGAUGAGUAUGUCUACUUUAGUGUAUCGAGAGAUAGGCUGUACUACAAGGAGGAUGAAUCUGAAAUUCGGGACAAUCGUAUCCGUGUGGAAUUCAUCAAGGGCUACCGGGACAACCCGAAGGUCAAUGCUCUGGUUCUCCUGAAAGGUGACCUGGAGAAUAUUCCGCAACUUCCACGGCAAAUUGUCGAUCGUGAAAAUGAAUUUUUCGCUGAACCCGAUCCCGUGAAGCCCUCAUCACUGGAUAGUUCAUCGCGCGUGAGGAGUGGGCCACCCCAACCGAAUCCCUACUUCAUGGAUGAUUCCUCAAUGAUGCUCUUGCCCAUCUUUAUUGCCAUUGGGGCCUUCUUCCCACUCCUCUUCUGCCUCUGCAAAUUGUGAUGUGCCCCACCGCUUGUGCACAAAAAGCGCCCAUCUCUGCACAAAUACUCACAGAGCCCCGCAUCCGGAAGGUGGUAAAAGAAAAAGAAAGAAAUUGGAUGCAACCACGACAGCAUAGCGUACUUAAGUCUCUCGUACACAUCCCUCGCUUUGUGUUCUUUGUGAAUCAUCAUUCCCACAGCAUCGUAGUCCUCGAUAGCAAUACAACUACACCUCCUACCCUCCUCCCCCAGCCCCCCCAAGAGACUCUAUCGGAUACAGUCUCUCACGACUGAACUAUCUGUGCAAUGUUUUACCUUUUUUUUAAUUUUAUUUUUUUAUUUAACUUCUAAACUUUAAGACACGCGCAACUCCUCAAGUUAGGAUGAAGCAAGAAAAAAAAAAACAAAGGAGGGUGGCAGGAGUCCCUCCAUCCAGUUCAAUGGGCAUCCCCUCCAUACCCAAAAAAUUCUUAUCCUCCCAGAGGAAACUUUUUAUUUAAUUUGUAUAGGAAAAUUCUAUUCUCAAGUAAAACGAAAAAGAAACCGGAAGUGUACAACAUUUUUCCUUUCUCUCGAGUUCAUGUGUGAGACUAAUUUUAAGGAUUUUAUUGGAAUAAAAAAAUUACCAAUGGUGUGUGGAUUGUUAAUUUA